AUGUCAGUACUUGCUGGACCUAACCAGGAUUCCAUUAAACUUAUAAUGUCAAACCGUAUGGAAACUUGUGAAUUUACAUAUGAAUGGACAAUUGAAAAUUUUCGUCAGCGGACUGAAAAAGUAAUUAUUAUAUCACCAAGUAUUUCAUCUCAUUAUUCUAAUUUUAACGAUAAAUGGAUUUUGAAAAUAUAUCCAAGUUAUACUGAUUGGGAAAUUUCAUCAUAUGUAUUUGUUGAUCUACAGCUUCAAUCAUUCAAUAAUACUUCACAAUUACAAACAAAAUGUAAAAUAUCAAUUAAUAAUAGAAACGAAAUAACUAAAGAAUAUAAUUUUAGUAAAUUUCCACAACAAAUUACAUGGAACAAUUAUAUUUUAUGUUCAGACUUGUUAAAUCAAAUGAACGGAUAUUUACAAAAUGAUGAACUUAAAAUUUGUUGUACAAUAAUAAUGUCUAAAAAACUAACAAAUAAGUCUGAUGUUAUUUCAACAUUUAAUAGAACACAACAGUUGAGUAUAGACUUGAAGAAACUUUUGUUAAAUAAAAAAUCAGCUGAUGUUACUAUUCAAGUGGGUCAAAAAUCAUUUCGUGCAAUUAAAGGAAUUCUUGCAGUACGCAGUCCUGUUUUUGCUGCAAUGUUUGAUCAUGAACAAUUCAAAGAAAAUGAAAAAGAUGAAGUUGUCAUAGAAGAUGUUGAAGAAGAUGUUUUUGAAGAAUUUUUACAUUUUAUUUAUACUGAUGAAUCACCAAAAACUAACAAAAUGCCAAUGGAACUAGUUGCUGUUGCUGAAAAAUAUCAGGUUAAUUGUCUUAAAAAUAUUUGUGAAGAAGUAAUUUACGAAACGAUAAAUUUUGAUAAUAUUGCAAGUAUACUUGUUUGUUCUGAUAAAUAUAAUCUUAAAAAACUGAAUGACAAAUGUUUAAAAUUUAUGAAAAAAAAUUUACGAGCUGUUUUGUUAAAUGAGACAUUUCAAGUUGAUCAAAAAAAACAUCCUGAAGUUUUCUUAAGUGUUCUUCAGCAGUUGCUGUUGUCAUAA